AUGAACUACAUGCAGCAGCUCGACACUUUCGUGCUGCGUCUUAACGACGCCGGCAACGACUACAAGGAGCUGCAGUCGGUGUUUCUGGAACUUCUAGACAUGAUAGAAGCCUUUAAUGGAGCAGCCGAAUACGAGUACUUUUUGAAGAACAUGGUGCCGAUUUUCUUGCAGAAAUUAGAUGAUGUACCCAUCGCGUUCAACAGUAGCAGCCCCGAGCACAAGUUGCGGAACCUGGUGCUUGAAAUCAUCCACCGAUCAAUCAUGACCGAUACUUUCCAGCCUUACGCAGAGGAGAUUUUGGUGACUUUAACGAGAAUCUUGGAACUCGAGAACGAGGAUAACGGUGUGCUCUGUAUGAAGAUCAUCACCUCUUUGCAUAAGGCCUAUAAGACGACGUUGCAUGAUAAAGUGGACCCAUUCAUUGAUAUCAUCAACAAGGUGUACGAUAACAUGGAUGAGACCGUGAGCAGCGUGUUUUCCGAGAGCCAGCAGGCUCUGGUAGAGGAACAGAACGAAUCUGGCCCGUUUGUCGAGGACUCCAACAAUUCCAAAACACUUAGUAAGGCCAUGUUUUCGUUCAAAACAUUGGCAGAAUGUCCAAUCACCAUGGUGUCUUUGUAUUCGUCAUACAAGACGCUAGUUCAGACAUCUCUCCCCAUUUUCUUGCCAAAAAUCAUCCACAUAUUGCUAUUGCAGGUAAAGCAGCAGAAAGAAUUCCGUGAAGAGCAGUUGAAAACCUCCACAUCCGUUACAGCUAUUCUGCCUCAAAUUAUCAACAGACAGGCGUACUCCGAGUUCAUUUUGGGUCAGGUGAAGUCCGCUUCCUUCUUGGCGUACGUGUUUAUUCGUGGUUAUGCCACCCAUCAUCUUCCACAGGCCCUGGCUAAAGUUGUGCCUGACGUCAUCAUCAGAUUACUCCAGGAUUGUCCAGCGGAACUUUCCAUUGCACGUAAGGAACUUCUUCAUGCAACACGUCAUAUCUUAUCUACUCCGUUCAGAUCACAAUUUGUUUCCAAAAUUGAGUUUCUUUUUGACGAAAAGAUUCUCAUUGGUCAUGGCUUGACUGCGUUUGAAACGCUCCGACCAUUGGCAUACUCCACAGUCGCCGACUUUAUUCAUAACGUGCGUAAUGAACUCACGCCCAAGCAAAUAUGGUCCACGGUUCAAAUUUAUUGUGAUCUCUUGAAAGACGACUCUCUUGCAUUAACCGUUCAGAUCAUGAGCGCAAAGCUUUUGCUUAAUUUGGUGGAAAGAAUCAUGAAGUUGCCCAAUAAGCUUGAAGGUAGACAGCUCUUCAUGAUCAUCAUCGACUCGUACGCUAAGAGAUUCCACAGUCUCAAUAGAAAGUACGAUUACAUUCUUAAAAAGCACCAGCAAUUCGAAGAAAAGAGAAAAAUCAAGGAAGCUGCAGCAGAACAUGCCGUGGAGAGAUAUAGAUCCAAAGCUCCAGAGAUUCCUAAUGCUAAAGAUUCUGAACAGCUAGGUAUGGAAACAGGAGACGAUGACUCGAUGGAGGUAGACACAGAGGCCAAUAAUGAACAAAUUACGGAACUACCUGAAGAUAUGUUUAGCGUUGAAGAGCUCUCGCCAAUCUCAAUUUCUUUCUCCAACAAUAACAGUGACUUAUUAAAGGAUGCGAGAUACUUGUUCCGUACUUUAAUGACCUUCUUGAAGUCGGUAAUUUUCGGCUUGAAGAACUGCAAUCCUCCAGUUCCACCACAGCCACAGCAGGACCCCAAAAAUCCUGGUCAGGUUGUCAACUACGAUAAAUGGAAUGACUCAGCAAAAUUAACAUCUCUUGAAGAGAUCACCAUUCUCCGCAGUCUCUUCAGAGGUGGUAUCAGCUGCUUGCGCUUCUUUUCCGUGUCCAAGCCUAAACAGACUGUGCUGGCCAAGGCAUUUGACUUCUCAUCCGGGGGUCCCAAUCUUCCAAUCACAUCUUCCAAGGAGGAGAAGGAUUUGAUGGAGAUUUUCGCAACGAUCUUCAUCCACAUCGACCCAGCAUCUUUCAACGAGAUUGUCAGCGCUGAGUUGCCAUUCAUGUUCGAGUCUAUGCUUGAAAACGCGGCAUUGCUCCACCUUCCUCAGUUCUUUUUGGCGAGCGAGAUCACCUCAGCAAAUUUUUCAGGUAUCUUGAUUUCCUUCCUACGCUCCAAGUUAGACCAACUUGACAAGGUUGACUUGGUCAAAUCCAAUAUCCUUAUACGUUUGUUCAAGCUCUGCUUUAUGUCAGUCAACUUGUUCCCCACUGCCAAUGAGAACGUAAUUCUCCCCCAUUUGAACUAUUUGAUCUUGGAGUCAUUGAGGCUCGCAACAAAGGCUGAAGAACCCAUUAUUUAUUCCUACUUGGUGAGAACUUUGUUCAGAAGCAUCAGCGGUGGAAGAUUUGAGAAUUUGUAUAAGGAGAUCAUGCCUAUUUUGCCAGUGUUACUCGAGAGCCUCAACAAAUUGAUCGCAAACUCCCGUCGUCCAUAUGAGCGUGACAUCUACGUUGAGUUGUGUUUGACUGUCCCUGUUCGAUUGUCUGUUCUUGUUCCACACUUAAAUUAUUUGACAACACCUUUGGUGUACGCUCUCAAUGGAUCGCAGGAGCUUGUGAGCCAGGGUUUACGUACUUUUGAAUUGUGCGUUGACAAUUUGACUGCAGAGUAUUUUGAUCCUAUGAUUAUGCCUGUCAUCUACGAUAUCAUGGCAGCAUUGUGGAAACAUUUGGAACCUGUUCCAUACCAUCAUCAGCACUCACAUACAGCCAUCAGAAUUCUUGGUAAACUUGGUGGACGUAACCAUAAGCACUUGAAGCCUUGUGCAGACUUGAGAACACAAUCCGAAUUGGAUCAGGAAAUUAAGGCACUCGUAUCCAUUCAUGGCUUGGGAAGUAAGAUUCCACUUUCAAUCACGCCUGGUGUCGAAUCUGCUUUCAAAUUGCUUGAAGAUCCACGCUUGAAAGUCCACUACAGGAUCAGCGCAUACAAGUAUUUGUCUAGCAUCUUGAAGCUUUUCAUCGAUACUACACCAAUCCCGCAGGACUACCCUGUCUUUAUUAAGGAGCAAGUGGAGCUCUUGAAGCUCGACGAGCUCAAUGAGUUCCCAGAACUCGAGCCUUCUGACAUAAAAGAUGCGGCCAAAUUAGACCGUCAACAGAAAUUGUUUGGCCGUCUCUUGGAAGGGUUAUUCUUUGCGUACUCUAUUCCCGAACUUAAGGAGGAAUCGGGCUCAUUAAUCGACAGUAUUACCACUCACUUCACCCUUAUUCACUUGGGCACUUCUGUGAUUGGAAAGAUCAAGAAAGAUCGCCCUUUCUCUGUUAAGGAUCAGGAAGGAAAAGCAUUCAUUAGUGAAACAGUAUUCUUCAAUGCGCUUAACUAUUCUUUGAGCUUCUGGGAUAAGGAUGUCCGUGAGAAGGGUAUUCAGACCAUCAAGAAUCUUUACAAAACCACUGUUGUGAUGUUUGGAUCCGAUGAGGAUGCUUUGUACUCGCCAUUGUUCCGCUCUAUGUUUUACAAGUUCACCCACUGUUGUUAUAGUGAGUUCUAUCAUAAUAAACUAGGUGGAGUGUUGGGUUUGAAGACUAUGUUUGAAGAUUUGAAUAUUCCCUCAAAAUGGUUCUUCAAGCGCCAAUUUGAACUUGUCAGAUCCAUCUUCUUUAUUUUGCGUGAUACGCCAGAUACAGCUCCUUUCGAAGUACGUGAUAUGGCCAAGAAGCUUGUAUUGACCAUUCUCAAGGAAUGCAAUUCUGAAGUUUCGAAGGAUACAAUUCUUGAGAAACCUUUCCAGACCUUGGUUGGUGCCUUAGUGUACGAUCUCGCUAGUGCUGUUCCAAUUGUCAGAGAAGUUUCUCAGGAAUCGUUGGGAGUGUUGUCGGAAGCUACUGGAGUCCCUAUUGCAACAAUAAUUGGACCUUCAAAACAUCUUUUGCUCACCCCUAUAUUUGGAAAGCCUUUGAGAGCCUUGCCAUUUCCAAUGCAAAUUGGUAACAUCAACGCUAUCACUUUCUGCUUGGGUUUAGAAGAUACUUUCACUACUUUCAAUGAUGAGCUUAACAGAUUACUUCUUGAAGCUUUAGCCUUGGUUGAUGCUGAGGAUGAAUCACUUGCUAAUGUUCACCGUCUUUAUGAACACAGAACAGCUAAGCAACUCAUUGAGCUUCGUGUUGUUUGUAUCAAAUUGCUUUCCUUGGCACUUACCAAACCUGGAUUUUCGUUAGGCUCGUUGUCCGAGGCCAGAAUUCGAAUUCUUGGUGUGUUCUUCAAGGCUCUUUGCAACAAGUCUACAGAAAUCAUCAAUGCAGCUCAUCUUGGCUUGAAAUCUAGUCUUGAUGAGAGUGCCAAGCUUCCUAAAGAACUUUUGCAGAAUGGUCUUCGCCCGAUGCUUAUGAACUUAUCGGACCAUAAGAAAUUGACAGUCUCUGGUCUUGAGGCUUUAGCACGUCUACUUGAAUUAUUGAUUUCAUACUUCCGUGUUGAAAUCGGUAGAAAAUUACUUGAUCAUUUGAUGGCAUGGGCCCAAAUCAACACUUUGCGUCUGAUUGCAGGCCAGGAUUUGGAGAACAACCAUACUGUUCAGAUAGUCAUUGCCAUUUUGAAUAUCUUCCAUCUUUUGCCGGCUAAAGCAUACACGUUUAUGGAGGAAAUCAUCAACACUUUGCAAUACUUGGAAGGUCAUUUGGAUCGCCACCAAAAUUCACCCUUCAGAUUGCCAGUUCUUAAGUUCUUGAAUCGAUUCGCUGAUAACUGUUUGGAAUACUACAUUUCGCACUACAAAAACAGGAAGUUGGGUAAUAUGUUAGCAUACUUUGCUGGAGAGGAAGAUGGCCCUAGAAUUCGUGAGGUUGCUAAGGGUAAGAUUGACAGCAUUGUAGAAGAUUUGAAGGCAGAGACAGACAACGAAGUGAAAAUCAUCAAAUUUGCUAACACGGUGGACUUGAUUGCUGCGAUUUCCAAGUUUGAUACAGAGUGGUUUGACCAACAAUCACCACUCUUAGAGACACUUUCCGAGACUGUUGAAGUCCUCAUUGGAAUCAAGGGCCAAUUACCUUUGACUUCCAGCACCCAUCUUCAAGCAGACCAAGCAAUCUCUAAUCUUGAGGUUCUCAUUGUUCAUUACAUGGAAAGAAACCCCAAAGACGUGGAUCUUCUAUUCAAUACUGUCAACCGCCUCAGUAUGUUGAACUUAAAGAUUCAUGAGCGUAUUGAGGAGUACAUAUUUGAGACCGUUGUGAAGUCUCAAGAUGUCGAACAUAGACAACACUAUAUGAGUAAGUGUGUCGAUUUUAUUGCUGAUGAGACACAAUUGAAGGCAAAGAUUUUUGUCUUAAAGAAGGUAUUCGACUCUGCACUCUUGUACGAAAUCGAUAAGAAUGGCAAUGCAGACUCAUUAUUCGCCAAUGGUCCAGCUUGGUUACAGAAAUUCGAUGAGAAUAUCUGGAAAUCUACUAACGAUAUUAUCACUGAUAGAACUUCUGGAAAGAUCGAUUCAUACAGAUUCGCUUUGCUUGAGAGUACUACAAUUCUUCUUAAGUGGUCUCCUAACCAGCUCAAUGAUUACAGGAAGGACGUGAUCAAGUUUAGUUGGAACUACAUCAAGUUGGAGGAUAACAUCACGAAACAGGUUGCAUAUGUCACAACUUCCUAUUUUAUUGCGGCUUAUGAAACACCAGCUCAGCUUGCUACUCAGGUGUUCGUGGCUCUUCUCAAGACUCACCAGAGUGAUUCCAGACACUUGGUGAGAGAAGCUCUCGAUAUCCUUGCGCCAGUUAUGUCCUUGAGAAUUGUUGACGGUGAUUCACCUAACAGUUGGCUCAAGUGGCCAAGAAGAGUCCUCUCAGAAGACGGUUUCAAUGUUACGCAGGUCUUGAAUGUAUACCAAUUCAUUGAUCAGCAUCCAGACCUCUUCUUCCCAGCCAGAGAGCAUUUCAUUUCGAAUAUUAUAACAGCAAUGGGUAAGUUGACCAUCUUGGCUAAUGCUGCUUUGGAAAAUCAAGUCCUCGCUAUCGACUUGGCUGAACUUAUUUUGAGCUGGGAAAAGAAGGCAGAGACUUUGAAGAAACAAAAAAAAAUCGAAAAUGUGGAGUCAGAAGCCAAUGGAGAGAACAAGGAUGCCAAUGACUUCUCAACUUCUGAUGAUUAUGUCGUCCCCUUUGGUCAGAGAGAAGCAUGUGUCACAUUCUUAAUUAGAUAUGUGUGUAUUAGUCCUCAGAGAGCUUCUGAAAGUGAAUUGGGACAAAAAGCAUUGGGAAUUCUUUAUGAUCUUUUGAGUCCACAACAUUGGCCAGAAGUUUCCGUCAAGAUUACUUUCUUCGAAAAAUUUUUACUUUCCAAUGACUUGAACUCUGCAAACUUGUUGGGUUACUGUUUGAACGCUUUGGAGGUUCUAGGUGUUGUUUUGGAGUGGAAACCUGCUGAGUGGAUUAUCUCCAAUCUUGGAUAUCUUCAUAAACUACUUGAAAAAUGUAUCAAGUCUGAAAAUCAUGACAUCCAAGAGGUCCUCCAAAGAGUCUUGCGCAUCAUUCUUCUGGCGAUUAAUGUUCAAGUUGAAGUUGAGACUGCGGAAAAUGAGGAGUCUGAGACGAAGCACUUCGUUAACUUGCUCACUACUACCGUUUCUGAGGACUUGAGUGAUACAACAUCCAUGGCUGCCGGUGUUACCUUGUCCUGGACUUUGGCCAAUUACAGGCCAGCCACACUUGAUCCAUUGUUGCCCUCGAUCAUGAGAACUUUUAACAAACUUUGCAAGGACCACAUCGCAAUCACUCACCAAGGUGCCCAAUCUAAGGACUCGUCAGCAACUAGUGAUGAGGCUAAGAUAACAACCAAGCUUUUGGAGAAGAUCUUGAACUUGUGCUCAAUGAGAAUUUCCAGCCUUGGCGACCAAAGAAGAAUUUUCUUAUCGCUUCUUGCUCAAUUAAUUGAAAGAUCUUUGGAUAAAGAUAUUUUGGAGAAGAUCAUCAAGAUAGUGAAGUCUUGGGUGUUUUCUAGAACCGACUUAUUUCCUACAACGAAGGAGAAGGCUGCUAUUUUGGCAAAGAUGAUGAUUUUUGAAAUCCGUGGAGAGCCUGCUUUAUCCAAGGAAUUCUACAAGAUUAUUGUUGAUAUCUUCGAAGAUGACACAUUCAGUUGUACUGAGUUGACUGUUCGUAUGGAGCAACCCUUCUUGGUGGGAACUCGCUCUUCGGAAGUUUCUGUUCGUCGUAAGCUUAUGUCCAUUUUGAACAACAGUCUAGAGAAAGAUAUCAGCAAGCGUCUCUACUACGUCAUUAGAGAACAAAACUGGGAGUUUUUGGCAGAUUACCCAUGGUUGAACCAGGGCCUCCAGCUUCUCUUUGGAGCAUUUAACUGGGACGACAGACUUCAAUUAGUCUCAGAGGAAAAUAGAUUACCUCCGUUGACGACAUUCCCAUAUGAGCCUAAAGACAUGGAUAUGGACAGUGUUAGUUCCGAUCUCACAAAGUUGUUAGACGGUCACAACCUGUUCUUGAACGAAAUUUCCGAUGUCAGCGCUGGAGCAAUUCUUGAGCCCUUGAUUGAUAUGUUCUAUCAAAGCAGUGAGACAGUUCACCGCGUGUGGUCAUCAGUGUUCCCAAUUGCAUUCAAAUCUAUUCCUCGCUCAGAGCACUUGGAUUUCACUCGUUGUAUGGUCAUUCUCUUGUCGAAGGACUAUCAUACCAGACAAAUCGACUCCAGACCAAACGUAAUCCAAUCUUUGAUGGAGGGUGUGUCUCGGUGCGACGAACUUCAGCUCCCUCCAUUCGCAGUUGAAUGCUUGGCUUCCAACUUCGAUGCAUGGUCACAAGGUAUUCACAUUCUUGAGAAUAUUGAGAGUCUGUCUAUUAACGGUAAUGCUGAAGUGCGGGAGGUGACGCAGGAUGCUUUGGCCAAAUUGUAUGCCACUUUGAAAGAAGAUGACAUGUUCUACGGUCUUUGGAGAAGACGUGCAAAGUAUUCUGAGACUAUUUCUGCAUUGUCAUAUGAGCAGAUAGGUAUGUGGGAUAAGGCACAGCAGUUGUACGAGACGGCUCAGAUUAAAGCAAGAAGUGGUGCAUUACCAUAUGGUCAGUCUGAGUAUGCCCUCUGGGAAGACCACUGGAUUUUGUGUGCUGAAAAGUUACAGCAUUGGGAUAUUCUCACGGAGCUUGCUAAACACGAAGGAUUUUCUGAUCUUUUGCUUGAGUGUGGUUGGAGAGUGGCUGACUGGAAUGCAGACAGGGAUACUCUUGAACAGACUGUCAAAAGUGUUAUGGAUGUUCCAACGCCUAGAAGACAGGUGUUCGAGACGUUCCUUUGUUUGCAAGGAUUUGGCCAAGAGAAGGAGACCCUACAAGAACUUUCUAGGCUUUGUGAUGAGGGUAUUCAAUUGGCCCUCAGAAAGUGGCACGGACUUCCUCAGAGAUUUGGCAACGCUCAUAUUCCUUUACUCCAUACCUUCCAGCAAUAUGUUGAAUUCAUGGAAGCUAGUCAAGUUUACUCCAGUCUUGUUUCGACAAAUGCUCAGAAUUUGGAUGUAAAGUCGCAGGAACUCAAGCGUGUUUUGCAAGUAUGGAGAGAAAGAUUACCUAACACUUGGGAUGACAUCAAUAUUUGGAACGAUCUAGUGACAUGGAGACAGCAUGCUUUCCAGGUUAUUAACAAGGUUUACAUGCCAUUCAUCCCUAUCUUGCAACAAAGCAACUCUGACGGCAACGCCAAUUCGUAUGCCUAUAGAGGAUUCCACGAAAUAGCUUGGGUGAUAAACAGAUUUGCACAUGUUGCCAGAAAACACAACAUGGCAGAUGUGUGUAUCAAUCAACUCACUAAGAUCUACCAACUUCCUAACAUUGAAAUUCAGGAAGCAUUCUUGAAAUUGAAGGAACAGGUCAAGUGUCAUUACCAGAGCCCUAACGAGCUUAAUACUGGUCUUGAUGUCAUCAGGAACACCAACUUGGUCUAUUUUGCUACACAACAAAAGGCUGAGUUCUUUACCUUGAAGGGUAUGUUUUUGAGCAAGCUCAACCAAAAAGAAGAGGCUAAUAAGGCAUUUGCUACUUCUGUCCAGAUCGAUCUUAACUUGCCUAAAGCUUGGGCUGAAUGGGGUGUUUUCAAUGAUAAAAGAUUCAAAGAGAACCCUAACGAUCUAGUAUAUGCAAAUAACGCUAUCAGUUGCUACUUACAAGCUGCUGGUCUUUACAAGAACGGGAAGACCCGAAAGUUACUUGCGAGAAUUUUAUGGUUGAUAAGCUUGGACGAUUCCUCGGGAACUUUGGCUCAGGCAUUUGAAAACUUCAGAGGUGAGGUUCCAGUGUGGUACUGGAUUACGUUUAUUCCUCAGUUGUUGACGUCUUUGUCUUACAAGGAAGCCAAGCUUGUGAGACAAAUUCUCAUCAGAAUUGCAAAGAGUUAUCCACAAGCAUUGCACUUCCAGCUCAGAACCACCAAGGAAGAUUUCGCAGCUAAGCAGCGUCAAUCUAUGGAGCUUUCGAGACAUAAGACAUCGAGUACUUCUCCACCAGCUAUUGAUCCAAAGGAUGCUUCUGAAAAUGGAAAUGAUGCGGACAAGUCUAGUGAAUCAAAGGAUGAAACGAAGGAUGUCAAAGAAGAAAAUGAUGGAAAGCCAAGUGGUGACUCUAAGGCUGAAAACGGAACGAGCAAGGCGGCUGAUUCUAAACUACCUCCGGCAGCUGCAGCUAUUCGUCGUUCUUGGGAGUAUGUUGAGGAAAUUAUGGGUAUUUUGAAAACAGCAUACCCAUUACUUGCACUCUCUUUGGAGUCCUUGGUUGAUCAAAUCAAUCAGAGAUUCAAGUGCACUGCAGAUGAAGAUGCUUAUAGGUUGGCAGUGGCGUUGUUGAACGAUGGUAUCCAAUACCUUAAUAGACUUGGAAACCCCCGCGAAGAUGCCAAAUUACCUCCUGUCACGGAAGUUAACAUAACAAGAUUCGCUGAAACUGUUCUUCCUAAGCUGAUCCGUGCAGAAUUUGAGAAGGAUUUAGUGAUUGGUAAGCCAAACUUGGAAACCUACAUCGUGAAAUUGAGAAAAUGGAGAGAUCGUCUCGAGGAUAAGCUCGAUAGAAGAUUCACUGAAGUCAAUUUAGAGAACUUGUGCCCACACUUGAGUGAGUUUCACCAUCAAAAGUUUGAAGAUAUUGAAGUUCCUGGUCAAUACUUAUUGAACAAGGAUAACAAUACGCACUUCGUGAAGAUAGAACGGUUCUUACCAACUAUUGAUUUGGCUCGUGGAACUAAUGCUUGCUACAAGAGAAUGAAGAUCCGUGGCAAUAACGGAAGUUUGCACUCUUUUGCUGUUCAAUUCCCAGCUGCUAGACAUUGUCGUCGUGAAGAGUGUCUUUUCCAGUUGUUCCGUAUCUUUGACGACUCAUUAUCGAAGAAGGUUGAAACACGUCGUCGUAACAUUCAGUUCACUCUUCCGAUUGCUGUGCCUUUAUCUCCACAUAUUAGAAUCAUUAAUGACGAUUCAAGAGAUAUCAGCAUGCAGAAGAUUUACGAGGACUUUUGUUUCCGUAAUGGCAAGGACCGUGAUGAGCCUUUCAUCUACACUAUCGAGAGAUUGCGGGCAGCAUUUGAUCCACGCUUGCCUAAGCCGGAUAUUAUGAGUAUUCGUGUGGAGAUUUUGAGUGCUAUUCAAACCGAAUUGGUUCCUUCGACAGUGUUGAAGAACUACUUUGUGGAUCUCUAUCCAAACUUUGAAGAUUUCUGGCUCUUCCGCAAACAGUUUACGUCGCAAUAUGCUUCGUUCAUCUUUACAACCUACAUGAUGUGUGUGAACACGAGACAACCUCAAAAAAUCCACAUCAAUAGAGGCUCUGGUGACGUGUGGACGUCGGAUAUGUUACCAUGCAAGAUUGCCAGCAAGAAUGCCUCCUUGGACGGCUCCAGCGGAGGAAGGCCCGCCCCAUUGUUCUAUAAUGCAGAGAUGGUGCCGUUCCGUUUGACCCCAAAUAUCCAAAAGUUGAUUGGCGAAUCAGGCCUUGAAGGUAUUUUGGCCGUAUACAUUCUUGUCAUAGCGCGUGCUUUGACAGAACCAAAAUCCGAUUUAGAACAAUACCUUACGUUAUUCGUUCGCGAUGAAGUUAUUUCCUGGUGCACGCAGCAGGACCCCCCACGGCCUAUUCCACAGGACAGCCAGCUCAGAGAAAUCGUCAUGAUCAAUGUGGAGUUGAUCAUCAAACGAGUUCUUUCUAUGGCUCACAGUUCAUCAGGCUCAGGUGUUAGCACUCAAAGUGUAUUGGAGAUGAUAGCACAGGCUGUCAAUCCUCACAACCUUGCGGCUGCCGAUACUCUAUGGAUGGCAUACUUUUAA